CUCAGUUCUUCAGUAGUAGCUGUUUGUACAGUGUUGAAUUCCCAAUGAACUCUGUGAUUCUCCUGAUAAAUAUCUGCAUUCUUCUGCACAAUGAAUGUGAGAUCUAAGGAUACAGCAUUUUUGGAAGUCUCCUUUGUUUUCCAUCAUUCCAGUGGCGAGUUAUAUGUCCUUUGUCUACAUCUACAUCAAUAGACUGGAUUUCUACUGCAAAGUUUCAGUCAAAUGGCCUCCAUCUCACAUCCAGCAAAUGAACUACAGAAAAAGUGACAGAUCUCUAAAAAUUGUCUGGAAAAAUCACAGAGUCCAAAAGAGAGAUGUACAGUACCAUGCCUGGAGCGACUACAACCUCUCUGAAUGCAUCUGUUACUACAACUCAGUCCAGUAACUUUAAUUCUGACAUUGAACGUUACAUAUUGAUUACUAUAUAUACAGUAGCAUUUAUUGGAGGUACAAUUGGAGCCAUCGCAAUGUCAUUUUUGCUGGUUAAAAUGAACACUCUGUCAGUGACCACGGCGGCGAUUGUCAACCUCGUGGUGUUGCACAGCCUGCUUCUCCUGACUGUGCCGUUUCGGCUUUAUUAUUAUAUCAAUCAGAAGUGGAUUUUUGGGGAGGGCUUUUGUAAAGCAGUGAGUGCUAUGAUGCACAUCCAUAUGUACCUCACUUUUCUAUUCUACAUAAUCACGCUCAUUAUCCGGUGGCUCAUUUUCUUUCAAUGGAAGGACAAGUUGGAGUUCUACAGGAAGCUACAUGCUGUGGCUGCUAGUGCUACAGUGUGGAUAGUGGUCAUUGUGAUUGUGCUGCCCUUGGUCAUUGCUCAGUAUGGGACGUUUGGGGAGUAUAAAACUAACAUAUGUUUUACAUUCCAACAAGAACUCGGGAAGAAGAGUGUGAAAACACUGAACUAUCUCUUAAUUGCCAUUGUAGCCACCAUCACAUGUGUCCUCUUGGGCUUGCAAGUCUUCAUCAUUCUAAAGGUGGUGAAAAAGUUUCCAGGCUCUGUCUGGUCACAUCAAGAAUUCUGGGCCCAGAUUAAAAGCUUGAUGUUCAUAUCUGUGAUAAUCAUUUGUUUCCUCCCAUAUCACCUCUUUAGGCUCUAUUACAUACGGCACAUGAAAGAAGAACAAUUAGUAAUGUACAAUAAUAUCUGUUUGAGUAUAACUGCCAUCAGCUGUCUUGAUUUGCUGUCAUUUGUUAUAAGCGGAAACCGUUUCUUUAAGCAAAAGAUUAUUAUGCUUCGAGACAAGCUUGCGUGCUGUUAGGUUUGUUCAUUUUUAGAGACCAUCUUCCACACUACAAUGUUUAGGUGGGAGGAAAACAUAUGGCUUUGUCUGUAUUUUUUAAAAAUGAUAAUUUAUGGAGACAAAUCAAAAAGCAUUAUAAAUUAUGUGUAUCUAUUUAUUUUAUAUGCCUUAAACACAGUACCAGCAAAAUAACAUCGAUUCUUUGAUUAGGUGAAAUACUUACCAGUGUUGACAGUGCCAGCCUAGCAGACUGGUGGUAACUGUGCUGUGUCACAAGGGAGACAAAGGUUCCAAUCCCAUGCCACAGAGAGAAAAGAAGCAAUAGCCCAAGAUGAUUUGUAAAGAAUGUGGAGAGAGAAAAAUAAAACACAAAGUCAAUGAAUAGUGGCUUAUGUAAUAAAAUAUAGAGACGUUUGAAGUUCCUAGAUCUGUAUACGGUAUGUGUACUGUUUAUAUGUUAUUUAUUAACAACAAUCUGUGAUAGAACGUAGUGGUUCUACAGGUCUUCGUUGAGGAAUUUUGGGCUUACACUGCAAUGUGGCUUUCUAGUUCAAUUGAUCGAGUGAUACAACUUCUAAAAAGCAAGCAGUAAAUGUAUCUCUUAAUUCUUUUCCCACUGAACUCACUCUUUUGAAAAUGGCUUUAUUGUGGGAGGGAAAGGUCUGAUUUAUCUCUUUCGUGUGCUGUAAAAAUGUCUCCAUAAAUAAUUACAUAUCACUGGGCACUAUAUUCAGCAUUGGCAGUUCAAAUCAAAAGCCAGUGUUUAUUCUCUUUCUUCACAGAAUUGUCCAAUUUUUUCAAGAGCUCAUUUAGUUAACACUACAGAUAAUUUAACUUAGAAUAUUAUUCAGACAGCAGUUGUGUUGUUUCUCCAGGUCAUUUAUUUUAGUCUCCAAGGUAACAAUAAUUUCCUUUUCUAUGAUACUUUUUCCCAGUUUUGAAGGCCAUAGUCUGGCCUCUCAGCAUGUCCCUGGGAUAAAAUUAGUCCUACAGAAUUUUGUGAUCCAGGCAAGUAAAAAAGAUAGAAACACUGGCUGGAAUGGGAUGAGGCUAGCAUGUGUGGUGUGAUUGAGCAGCCAGUUAUAUUUCACAGCUAUAGAUGCAUGGUGAGUAGUCGGGAUUUUUUAAAACCGAGAAUUACCCAUUAUCAAGCUAAGGAAAAAAUGUAAAAAAAUCACUUUGUGGAAGAUUCUAAAGCUUACACAGAUCUACUGUAUUGUACGUGUUCCAAUAGAGAACAUAUAUCAUUGAUGGCUGUAGCUCAAAAUAGUGGAUGGUUAAUUUCUAUUUCCAUUUCUUUUUGCCUUCUGCAUCAAGUUCAAACUUUCCAUCUAGAGUCAGUUGAAUAAUAUGUGAAUCAUUUGGCAAAUUUGGUGGCAUUAGCUGGAUAAAUUAUCUGAUUAAUUCUUUUUCAUGGCUCUGCCCACGUUCUCACCUCAAGACCGCACAACCUCACCCUUUCAUAUAUCUCACCUUUCAUUUCCUUUUGCUUCACUGUCUGUCUAUACACAAAGUGUACUGCUGCUCUCCUUAAUAUCCCUUGUGUUGAUGUCUACCCUUCGCCUCUCUGAGCCUUCUUCCCUCAUGCUUAGAACUCCCUCCUUAUUGCUCUGUAGGUCUGACCAGGUUAUAGUAUCCUGAACUGAGAGAGAAUGAGUAAUUCUCAUGUGCAACAAUAAGCGUUGGAACCAUCAACACAGGCUAUAACACCAGGGAGAGAAGGUGAAAAUGAAUUUGUGUUUGUAUUUUUUUUUCUCUGUCAUCUUUGGUGUGCAGAAUAUACUUGGGAUAGGGUCUGUAGAGCAACUUAUACCUUAACAACACUAUAUAAUUGUUUUAGAAUAACAAUAAUAAAUGUGGUGGUUUGGCUCACAAGCACAUCUUUUCAUUCAAGUCUUUCCUACAAAUAUGCAUAAAUUAAAUUAAAAUUGCUUUAUAUUAAAAUUUUGUAAAAUUGUAUUCUCAGAACAGAUAGAGUUACAUACAAUAAAUACAUACAGUAAAAUGUUGACACUUGAAGUAAAUAUAGCGUUCAUAUAUUGUGAAAAGUUAUAUGUAGAUUAAGUAAUUCUUCUAAGAAUACACCCACACCACUCGCUGUAGUUACUGGUUUCUCUCCUUCUGUUGCAGUUCCAGAGCUUCACCCAAAGGGGUGUGGUUGAGUCAAAAUCUUUUCAUUUCCAGGGUAUGUUAAUUGUUGGCAUUCAGUAUCACAAAAUAAAAAAUAGUUAUGACAAAUAUUGGAAAUAACUUGAAAAGGAAUUCUGACUUGUUAGAAGAAAUGUGCCUGUGUUGUAAGCAAGCUUUAGUUACUAGGCCAAAUUUGAACAAUAUGUUUUGUAAUUUUUUUAGAUCAUUUGGCCUGACAGCCAAGCCUAAAUUUCAAAAUAGGUGCGUUUUUAAAGAGUUUAUGUAUAAAAAAACUAAGUAAUGAAUCAAGAAGAUAAUUAUGAAAAUUUAGUCUAUGGAGAGCAAUUGACCCUAAUUUAGUGAAAAAUAACAAUAUUUCAGUUAUUUAGCAGAGGGGGGUAUUCCUGCUUUAAAUGGAAAUUGGAACACAACCUAAGCUAUAGUCACGACCAGAGCUACCAUCGUAAUAAUUCUAUUCUAAAGUAUAAUAUAUAAUGAUAUUGUUCAUAUUAUCCUGAAAAAACGAGGAGAUCUGAACAAGAAAUGAUUUGCUUUUGUAUAUCUGAUUUUUUUACUCCAACUAAUACAUUUCAAUAGAGUGUGGGAUUAAUUAAUGUAAUCCAAAUGCUUCUAGCAGUCUGUAUAAUUCCACAAUGUAUGUUCACAAUAUGCAAUCUUUUACUAAAUAAAAAUUGCAUAAAUGCUGUAGCACCAUUCUGCCAUCCAGCAAUAGUUCUGUUCAGGGUGGCUGACCAGAUAUUACACCACUUCAUGCAUUUUAAGUUGACUGAACAAUAAGUGAUGUGGAAACUAACAUAGUCACAAAAAGGGGUAGGGAAAAAUGAUGGUACAUUGCUACCUGAGAGUGGAAUUCUCAGCCUGUUCACUGCUGUCACAGGAUUGCUAAACAUUUACACUGCCCAACACGACACCUCUUUUGGUGAAAGACACUAAUGUUCAGUCAGUUAAGCCAUCUGAAUGGCUGAAGAUGUGUAUGUGCUUUCUGGGAAGGGAUUGUUUAUAACACAAUAGCAGUGGUGGGGAGGGAGAAUUACACAUGAUGAGACUAGAAAGUUACAUGAGCAAAAUUUUAAUUCUAUGGAAUUGAUAUAUGUGAGGCAGCAGCAAUUAUAACAGCAAAUGAAAAACCUGAGAGGUGAAAUUAGGAAGUGAACUCUGUAAGAGAGAUUACAAGCAAAACCACACCUUUGUGUGGGGAAAAAGUAAAGGUGUGAGAAUGUGUUAUCACCAAAUUCCAAAUCUAAUCAGGAGAGUGGGUCACCAGAGGUCACAUUUAAAUAUAUGAUGGGUGUGAUAAAAGUGGCAACGGAAGGCGAAUGGAAAUACACUGUAUGCAAAAUGCAUCACCAUAACAACCACUUAUAAAGAUAUGUAGGAGCAAAAAAGUAUGUGAAACCAUUGCAGUUAGUGAUUAAGUGCAACUCAAACAAAAAUCUCUAUCAGGAUCAAUAAAUUUCAUUUAUUUUAAUGUCAGAGGGUAUUUUUGCUAUUCCUGGAAAACCCCUGAGCUGACAAAAGUAGCAAGCACCACAGCUUUGCAUAGCAGAUCAAAGUAUGUCAAGAACAGUGCAUUUUGUCAAUUAAUACUUGUGUUACUAAAUGUUCCAGAUAAUAUAGUUGCAAGUAACUAUAUAUAAGCACCAAGCUAGAUGCAACAAAAUAAAGACCUGGCCAUUGUAGGGGAGAUCUAGAUCAGUGGAGGGCUGGUAGUGUUACCAUUGCUUUUGUCUGCAAAUGUUCUGCUGGAAGGAAGGAUAUUUUCAAUUCCACUGGAAAACUGUAGGCAGAUCCUUCCUCACAGAGGCAGAGAGUCUGCCACAGUCAAAGCAUGUUGAUUUUCAGACAGCAUCACCCACAUUUGUGGGUCACAGUGAAUCCCCCUCCCUCCACUCCCAUAAAAACACAACCAUCUGAAAGUGGACUGUAGCCACUUUGCAUUGCCAUAACUCACUCCCCCUGUGAAGGAGUUUUACCACCAGAGACCUUAUGAUGGUGUAAACCAUUAUUGAAAUUGGUCCUAUGUUUCUCCAAAGAUUUUAAGCAGUUCCAAUAGAGUGGAUAAAAAAAAAAUCGAACGUCAAGGGGGAAGGAGGGAAACUAAAAAAAUAAUCAUUAUGGACCAUACAAAAAGCCAUUCCAGCAACAAGCGAUGAUAAAUUCUCCUUUAGUCAUGGAGCAACAAACACUGUAAUAUGAAGCGUUAAAUCCUCAGGAAACCCUUUUGGGACUACUGGUGCCCAUUUCUAAACAAGAGGUGGAAGA